AUGCGUGAUCUGAGGUGUGGCCAGCGUGUGGAUGCGAAGGAUGUGGUAGAUUUUCAACCCUUUGCGCCCAUUGUGGCUGCAGUUGAGAUUCCGAAGCACUUGCAAACUUUGACAUUGGAUAUGUAUGGGGGUGACACUGACCCGAUAGAUCAUUUACGGUAUUUCAAUACUAAAAUGGUCAUUGGAGGGGCGAUUGAUGCGGUAAAAUGCAGAUUAUUGCCUUCCACAUUUAAGGGCGUGGCAAUGACUUGGUUUAUCAAACAACCUCCAUAUUCCAUUUCAAACUUCACUGAUUUGUCAACUAAGUUCCUAACACAAUUUUCAUCCAAUCAAACUCAAAAGGCGAUCCCGGCUGAUUUGUUCAACAUCCGUCAGCACGUGGGCAAACGCAUCAAAACGUUUAUGGCUCGUUUCAGUCGAGUUUCAGUUCAGUUAGAGGACGCCAGUCCAGAAGUAUGUGUGGCGGCCUUCAAGAAUGGGCUCAGGUGUGGCUCGUUGAACAAAGACUUAAUCAGAAGACCCGCCAAGGACAUGAUGGACCUACGUGCCAGGGCACAGGAAUUCAUCUUGGUGGAACAAGAUGAACAGACCAAAAAAGAUAGAGACAACUGGCGUACUCAACCUGAAGUUACAGCUGAAAGGGGGAGUGGUUCAAAAGAGCAACGCCGAGCUCAAACACCGCGCCAGCAAAGGCCGGCGCCCUACCCUUCAGGCAGGCAGGGGCCACAAAUCAACACUUGGCAUCGAAAGGCUCAACCUGCUUUAGCGAAUCAAGGAGGAAACGCACCCGCCCAAGGGCAAAAAACCAAACUGAAUUCACCUCUCAGUACGAUCUUGCGAGCAGUAGGGCAACCAAAUGUAGUCCAAUACCCAAGGCCACCUAGGCGACCUCCUGUGGACGUGGACACUACAAAGUGA